AUGUAUUUCCCUGAAGAGCCCUUCGAUCUCUCCCCUUCCCAAGGCGGAGGCUACUUUUCUGCCACAAUGGGUCAAAAACUCAACGGUGGGAGGUUCCAAAUCGUCCGUAAGCUGGGGUAUGGCCCUCGAUCAUCUACAUGGCUUGCCCGGGGCCAAGAAAACUACUUCGCGAUCAAGAUUUACACUAUCGCCGCCUCAGAGUAUGCGAGGACCGUGGAAGUUCCCAUCCUCAAGGUCGUUCACGGCCUUGAGCGCAAUGACGGACUUCCAGCAUGCCGUGGCGACUUCUGGGAGCAAACCCGCGCUGGCUCACAUCUCUGUCUUGUCCUAGAUCCGAUGAGCACCACUGUCCAAGCAUUUAUGCAUGAGGCGGAUCACGAGCGUCUGCCUAUCCAUGCCGUUCAGCGCAUCGUCCUAACCGUCGCCAAUGCACUAAGUUCCUUGCAUGACGUUGGUAUCAUGCACGGAGCUGUCAGUCCUGAAAAUGUUUACUUUCGCCGCUUGGCAAGUGGGACUGAAGAUAUCAAAUCCGUUCUCGCUUCGGAGCCACGACCAACUAUUAGAAAAAACAAGAUAUACCCGGUUGUGAUAUCACAGCCUCUCGGUCAUGGGUGCAGCUGGGACGAUAAAAAGAAAAAGAUUGCAAAUUGGAGCCUUUAUCUCUGUGGUUUCGGACAUGCACACCAAUCAAAUCCACAGGAUCGAUUGAAAUCGACGCAGACAAACGUUGACUACUCUUUCGCGCCCGAAACGCUCUUGCAUUCGGCAUACUGCUCAGAUAAAACUGAUAUCUGGAUGUUGGGUUAUAUGACAUUCUAUCUUUUAACCGGCACAUCUCCCUUUGUUACUAAACCCACCGUCUCCGAAACGGUCGCACACAUAAGCGGCGUACUUCGACAUGGAAAAUGUCCUGACUCCAUUCCGAUUGAAUGGCUUGAAGACGAAAACAUGGCGGACUACCAUGCCGUCGUUUCUGAGGACUACCAUGCCGUCGUUUCUGAAGAUACCAUUGAGAAAAGUCUCUCAGAAGUUUUGCACGGAGACGAUGCGGUUUGGGCGGCCGAGUUCAUCAGAGACUGUCUAAGGGUGGACCCGAUGAGGCGGCCACAUGCAUCGGGGCUCUAUCAAUAUAAGUGGUUCGAAGAGUUAACUCCUCCUGGCUGUGAUUGCGGUUGGUGGUGUUGUAAUUAA